AUGGCUGACAAAAGUGAUAAUAGUGAGGAAAAACCAUCUGAGACUGUCCUUCAGCCAUCUAUUGUUGAAUUAGAUCCUCAAGGAGGAUGUCAAAAUAUUUGGAUGAAUAUGGAAUGUCAUGGACAAAAAAGUACUGCUGCUAUUCGUAAUCGUAGACUUUCAAUGAGACAUCAAUCUUUAGAUAUUGAUGAAGCUCAUGACCACUUGUCACCAGCUGCAAAAAUUGCUCUUAUUCUUCAAGAGAAUACAGCUUUAUUUCCUUUAUUCACUGAAAUGAGUGAAUUAAAAAAAAUUGAUGGUGUUGAAGAAUGGCAUGAAAGUGCUAGAUGGGUUAAAUUUGAGGAAGAUGUUGAGGAUGGAGGUAAUAGAUGGUCAAAACCACAUGUUGCUACAUUAUCUUUACAUGCACUCUUUCAAUUACGUUCCUGUAUCCAAAAUGGUGUUAUAAUUUUAGAUGAUACAGCUACAGGUUUUGCGGAACUUGUUGAAAAUAUUUUGGAUAAAUUAAUUGAGGGAGAACAACUUCCAGAACAUCUUAGAUUAGAUGUUAAAACUGUCCUCCUUAAAAGACAUAAACAUCAAUAUGAAAAUCCAAAAAAAAAUAAUGAAGAGGGAGGUUUAAAGGGUAACUCUUCGACUUUUCUUUCUGCUGUAAGAUCUAUCUCUGAUAUUGGAAAAUCUUUUUCUCAUGCACGUAGUUUAGCUAAAACUGGAGAACCUACAAUAAAUGAAGAUGGUACAUUGGGUGUACCAAAUGAUAAAAAACCACCACAAGUAGGAAAUGUUCAUUUUAUGAAAAAAUUACACCAUGAUACUGAGGGAUGUAAUGUUUUAGUUGGUGAAACUGAUUUCCUUCAACAUCAUAUAACAUGUUUUGUUAGACUUAAGAAAUCUGUUAAUUUUGGAAGUAUAACAGAAGUUCCAGUACCAACUAGAUUUUUGUUUCUUCUUUUAGGACCAGCUGGACAUGCAACUGAAUUCCAUGAAAUUGGUAGAGCUAUUUCAACAUUAAUGACAGAUGACAUUUUUCAUGAUGUAGCAUAUAUGGCUCGUAAAAAUGAAGAUAUUUUACAUGGAAUAGAUGAAUUUUUAGAUAAUGUUUGUUGCCUUCCACCAGGCGAAUGGGAUCCAAAAAUUCGUAUUGAACCACCAUCAUCAUUACCAUCACAAGAAAAAAGAAAACAGGCAGGAAUGGAAUAUCUUCAAUUACCAAAAUCUACUGUAACUAAAUUUAAAGAGGUAGAGGAAAUUGAAGGUCAUGGAAAUGAUCCGGCUUUAAAAAGAACAGGAAAAUUAUGUGGUGGUUUGGUUGCAGACAUCAAGAGAAAAUUACCACAUUAUAUUAGUGAUUUUACUGAUGCUUUUAAUCUUCAAUGUAUGGCAACAAUAUGUUUCAUGUAUUUUGCUCUUUUAGCACCAAUUGUUACAUUUGGUGGUUUAUUAGAAGAAGCAACUCACCAAAGAAUGGCUGCAAUGGAAAAUAUCUUUUCGGGUGCAUUAUCAGGAGUUAUAUAUCAUUUUUUCUCUGGUCAACCACUAACAAUUAUUGGUUCAACUGGUCCUGUCUUAGUUUUUGAAACAAUUGUUUUUGACUUAUGUAAAGGAACUCUUGGUGGAAUUAAUUAUUUAUCAUUCCGUUUUUGGGUUCAUAUAUGGACAGCUGCUAUAUUAAUGUUAAUGGUUGUCACUGAUGCAUCAUCUCUUGUUUCAUAUAUAACAAGAUUUACAGAAGAAUCUUUUGCAACACUUAUUGCUGCAAUUUUUAUAUUUGAAGCAAUAAGUAAAUUAUUUAAUAUUACAAAUCAACUUGAUAUUGUUCCUUAUAAUCCAACUAAUGGAACAUCUGGAUCAUGUUUUUGUAUUGGUGGUGAUUUAAGUUUUGAAAAAAUAGUUCAUAUUGCAGAGAAACAACGAUUAACACAAUAUAUUGAUAUUGCAAGAGAAUCUGUUGAUUGGACAAAAGUUCCAAUGGAAAAAUGUAGAACUCUUGGUGGUCAUGCAACUGGUAGUAAUUGUUAUAUUAUGUAUGAUAAAUUUUUAAUGUCUGUCUUGUUGAUGGCUGGAACAUUUAUUUUAGCUACAACAUUAAAAAAAGCCCGUACUGGACAAUAUUUUCCAACAAAAGUUCGCCAAAUUUUUAGUGAUUUCGCUGUUAUGAUUGCUAUUGUUAUUAUGACAACAGUUGACAUUUUUGCUGGAAUUAAUACACCAAAACUUAAUGUUCCAUCUACAUUUAGACCAACAUGGGAAGGUAGAAAUUGGUUUAUUCCACCAUUUAAUGGUAAUCCAUGGUGGACUGUUCCUGUAGCAUUUAUUCCAGCAUUAUUAGCAUGUAUUUUAAUAUUUAUGGAUCAACAAAUUACUACAGUUAUUGUAAAUAGAAAAGAAAAUAAAUUAAAAAAAGGUUGUGGAUAUCAUUUAGAUUUAUUUGUUUUGUCAAUUCUUAUUAUUCUAGCAGGACUUCUAGGACUUCCUAUUUAUGUAGCAGCAACAGUUUUAUCAAUUAAUCAUGUAAAUUCUUUACGUAUUGAGUCAGAAUCACGUGCACCAGGUGAGGUUGCCCAAUUUAUAGGAGUUCGUGAACAACGAUUAACAGGAAUAUGUACAUUUGCAUUAAUUGGAAUGUCAGUUCUGAUAACAAAAUUAUUAUCAUACAUUCCUAUGCCAGUUUUAUAUGGUGUUUUCCUAUAUAUGGGUAUAUCAGCACUUGGUGGAAUACAAUUAUAUGAAAGACUUAAAUUAUUUUUAAUGCCUAUGAAAUAUCAACCAGAUGCAAUUUAUAUAAGACAUGUACCUAUAAAAGUUAUUCAUGCAUUUACUGGAUGGCAAACAGCAUGCCUUAUGAUAUUAUGGGGUGUAAAAUCAUAUAAACCAAUAUCUAUAGCAUUUCCAAUAAUGUUAGUUGUUAUGGUUGGUAUAAGAAAAUUAAUGGAAAAAUUCUUUGAUCCCAAAGAUCUUAAAUACCUCGAUGAUACAAUGCCUGAUUUUCAUUUAAGAAGAAAAGAAGAUGCUAGACGUGUAUCAUUAAAAGCAGCAGAAGAAAUAGAAUUAGAUUUAGAUAAAAAUCAAGGAACUAUUCGUGCUGUCAAGACAGAAGCUCACAUUCACAUUCCAUUUAAUAAUGGUCAAGUCGUUUCAAUUCCAUUAAAAGCUAUCUCAGGACCUUCACAUAAUAUAAAUUUGUCAAAAGAAGUAAAUAGUUCAAGUAUGUGGAAACAUAUUUCUCAUGAAUCUAAGUCAUCUCUUAAUAAAAUGUCAGAAUUAUAUGGUGGAAUGAGUAAUGAUUCAAUGAAUAAAUUUCCAAUUGUAGAAGAUGAUGAUGAGGAUGCUAUAGUAAUUAAAGUAAAUAAAAAUGAAAAUCAUAAUAAGAAUAAUGAAAAUCCAUCUAAUUUGGAGUCUCAACCACUACUCAGAAAAGGAAGUAAAUCUUCUUCAAAUAAUAAAUAA